CAAACACACAGAAAACACAAUUUGAAUUGGAAUAUAUACACUUUAAAGAUACUGAAACGCAAACUAUAACACAAUGGCAUACAGGGAUCGACUCAUUUCAUUUCUAACCACCAUGAGAACGGCGCAGUCCACACACAGUGUGGAAUCAGCUGAGAAUACUUUGGUCCUAAGUUCCACGUCUACAGAGGAGAUAUACGAACAGACUUGUGGCCUUAAAACUGUCACCCUUCAAGAUGGUAAACAAGUGGUUGAUGAUAUUGUCAAUAAAAUAUUCGACAAGUCAAAUGGUCUGGUUCAUCUCUCAAGUAGCGCUUGUUCAAUGAGCAGCGUUUUGGAAGAAUCCACAAAAAUGGAUCAUCGCCUAAAGUUGUGGUAUGAAACACUACAAGAUCGCAGCAAAAUGCAACGGAAGAUACAGCGAAAAUUAGGUCGACGACCAGAUGAAAUGUUAUUCAAUAUGCCCACCACGAUAGAGCAACGAGAUAAGGGCAUGGUGCAACGUCUGAUGGAUUAUGCUGAUCGCAUGAAUCCAGUGACUCUAACUGAAAAAAAAGCCUCCAUUUUGCCGUCGCACUAUGACACCGAAACCUGUCAGCAAGUGCAUCAGCUAGAGGAGACACUGCCAAAGGCCGAGCGGCAGGGUAAAAAAACUGUAGAAAUCAGUGGUCUGACCAAGACAACCAUGGAGGAGAUAAUGGGACCUGGGUUUGAUUAUACCGACAUACACAGUACUAAUGAGAGAAACAAAAAAAAUAAAUGGAUCAACUCAAAGGUGUUGGGCGAACGUCUCGAUAAGAAAUGCAAGGAUCUUAAACGUGUACUUAAUUUCUAUCCGGAUGUUGAAAAUCUUCAAGUAGUGGGCAAUAAUGUGUUCGAUCCUAUUUUUGAAGAUGACGAUGAAAAAGACAUCGAGAAAUUGGCCCAUUCUUCCCUCUACAGCAUAAGCAGCAGCACCAAAGAGAGUGUCAUUAGUGAAAUGCAAGAGGCGGAAGAGCAACAAGAUGUGGAAGAGGAAAAGCCUCCCAUAAUUAGGCUGGGACUCAAGAUCAAUGACAAAGUCUUCGUCCAUAGUAAGAAACAGAGCGCAUGUUCCGUUUCUUUUGAAAUAAAUUUUGAAUGUGAACCUUAUGAGCGUGUGUUGAAAGAAGUUCUACGUCUGGAGAAUAUUGGUACCGAGCUCAUCAGUUGCCAUUGGAUAAGUCCAGAGUAUUAUAAACGCAAUGCUAGCUUCUUGGCUGCCAAUAACGAUUGUUUUACCUUUGAUCGAGAACAUUUCAUCCUCUUUCCUGGAGAUAUUCGGGUAACCAAAGUGAUGUAUCAACCCCGUCGUUGCUCAUUGCAAAAGCAACGUUGGGACUUGAGAAUUUUUCCCAAUAUCUUUUGCAUCAAACGUGAUACGGUAGUUGUGAAACUUCAUGGCAAAUGUGUACCGGCCCGUGAGUAUAUUGAGAAAGUCAAUAGGCAAAUUAACUCAGUGAUUGACAAGGCAAAUAAGAAAGCAAUGGAUAAACUGACAAGUCAUCAGGCAUCGCUAGUACCUAUUAUUCAGCCCCAAGAGGUUAUUUGUCCAUAUCAAAGGGUUUUCGAUGACCGGGAAAUUUUCAAUGCUGAAAAUAAGGGCUAUCACUGUGAAAGGUUCGACGAUCUGGAGCAACUAAAGAACUUAUAUGAGACACUUAAGAAACCCCGAGAGCCCGUCUGGGAUCUACAACUUGAGACUAUUAGAAAGAUGAUACUUCGCCAGCCAGAAGCAGAACAAAGAGAAAGCACUUUCAAGAAACUGAAUAAAAUGUUGGACACUCUUAAAUGCGGCAUGGGCGAUGUUGGUGAGGCAAUAUUCCAACAUUUUGGUCAUAAUACCGAACAAAGUCGUUCGCGUUUUAUCUAUGUGCGUGGCUGUAUUGCCAAUGGGAUUCAAGAAUGGGAAGAUAUAAUGUUAAGUAUAGAACAAAGUUCUCUGAAAACAGAAUUGACGCGAUUCUAUGCUCGAAAAGCCAACGAAGCGAAUAAAUUAAGCCAAGAAGACUCUUCAGAGGAUGAUGAGAUUAAACCCUGGUUACGUAAACUUAGACAAUACAAUCCCGAAGAAUAUGUCCUGAAGAAAUUGAGGGGGAAAAAGUAUUAUCGCGAUUCACUCUAUAUGCAGACGUAUUCCCAUCUAUGUGACGUUGCCGAGAAUGUCGUUUCAGUCAUUGAGAGUACUAAGUAAGCAAUAGCAACAUAG